AUGAAGAGAAAAGCAUCAUGCCACCAUGGCCAAGAAGAGAAGGUUCUGGGAGUCGGCUAUGAUCCAGCUGAGCCGAAACCCAUGGGCGUCGAGAUGACCAAGUGGUGCGACGAAGGUCGUCCCGGAUGUCGCAACUGCGCGAGGCUCAAGAAGCCUUGUCCUGGAUAUCGAGAACCAGGCUACGGCUUCAUUCGAACGGCGAUCUUUGUUUCGAAACAGGAAGACAGUCCGAACCCAAGAUCAUCGUCGUCUGAGAACCUUCUACAAGCAACACUUUUCCGUGCCGGCUCGACGUCGACCGAGGGCGAUGACAGCGACUCUGCCAACAGUGACUCAAUCCUUCACUCGUAUUCACGUGCUAGCCAGAGGCUUCGCCUGGUGAACAGUCCGUCUGGAGAUCUGACGGAACAGGCAGUCUGCUAUUCUCUUACACAACUUGAUUCCAAUUCGCGCGUGCUAUAUGGAAAUAAUGCAUUCAACUUCCUACCCGAAAUACUCGCCAGCUCAGGGCGAGACUCUUAUCUCUACGCGGCAAUGCGAUCGGUGGCUGCAAUCAACUUGGCCAACCGAUCACCUACAGUCGAUAUGCACUCCAUCAUUGAAUCCGAAUAUGCGCGAGCUGUAUCGAGGGUUACUGCUGCAUUGGCGGAUCCUGAACAAUGUUUGAAGGACGAGACUCUGGUUGCUGAUCAAGCUGACUUUGAGGAGCUUCUGGCCAGUGUAAAUGGACCACACGGAGGCUCAGCACACCAGACACACGUCGACGGGACCCUUAUGCUCCUACGAUUGCGCGGCGAAGAACAGUUCACCCGUCCCGAGGGUCGUCAUCUAUAUCACACACUUCUCUCGGCGAUGCACUGGAAGCCUCUGUUCGCCAGCGAGGAGCCAUCACCAGAAUAUCUUAUGCUCGAAUCACAAAUACCAAAAGCCACCGCUACCGUUCCGACAGCAUCCUUAAGACUGAGGAAUUUUUUCCACGGAGUCUCUAAAAUGCGAGCCCGGAUCAGAAACUUCCUUCUGAUGCCACAAAAUGCCUCUGUCGAUAGAUUUCAGACUGUGAACUCUUACCUGCGAGCUGCAGCUCGCCUGGAUGACAAAGUCAGCGGAUGGUGCGACAUUCUCGACUGGCUUCCCCGGAAGGUGUUGGUCGACACACCACAUCGACAUCUUCCUCGCACACAGUGGACUUCAGGAACGACUUUCAGGCUGCAUUGCUUCAACUCCUGGGAGGCCUUCUUCCACUGGAACCGGUAUUUUGUCGCGAAGGUCUGUCUGCACGCCGCGCUACUCGACGCCAUUGCAAGUCUUGGGGGCAAUCCCCCACAUUAUGGCGGCGGAAAUUCGACGGAUGAUACUAACGAAUUAGUCAUAUUACAUACCGCGGAACUUCAGAAGACAGUCAAAGACUUUUUGGGAACAUUGUCUUACGCCCUGGGAGACGUAGACCAAAACGGCCAGCCGCGUAACAACCCAACUGCUGUGGUCGGCGACGGGGCAUCGGCUGCGCAGCGCAGCAUCGACAUCCCCAGCACGUUGCAAGUGCAAGCACCCUUGUCUUAUAUGAUUACUUUGAAAUACCUGGGGCCGGGACAACGAGAGGCUAUGUUUCUAGCUCUGCAGCGCAUUCGAGCCGAGUUUAGCGUAAGAUAA